AUGGCUGUUAUUGUGUUGCUUUGGGCUGCUCUCUUCAGAAAUAUUCCAUCGUUUUGGGUCGGUUUUGAUUAUCAACCAAACAACACCGUAUACAGAGUUAUCCGACAAUGCUGGUUUUGGCAAUGCGCCGUCACCGCUUCCGUAUUACUAUGGCACUGCCGGAUAGGAACAUGGAACGUGACAUUGUUUCUGUCUAAAUUAACUGGUCCACCAAUAGGUUUUACAGCAAUGGGAUUUUUGACUGUGACAAAAGAAGUCAUUUUAACGAUUUUUGGUUUGUAUUUGACUUAUUUUUUUCUGCUGCUGCAGUUUAAGAUCAGCUAGAGUACUACCAUUGGAAAGCUUACCUAUAAAAGAACACCUUUAUCAAUAUAUUAUCCACGUUACAGAUGA